AGGAAACGGGACAGUGAUUAAAUACAACCACUUUCCUCAGGUGGCACACGAACCGCAGGCGAAGGAAAGCAUGCUGUCGGUUGUGUGAGCAGGACGCGAAGAUGGUGUUUGAGUCGGUGGUGGUCGAUGUCUUGAACCGGUUUCUGGGGGACUAUGUGGUGAACCUCGACAGCUCGCAGCUCAGCCUCGGCAUGUGGGGAGGUGAUGCCAUAUUAAGAAACCUUGAGAUAAAAGAAAAUGCCUUGAGUCAACUGGACAUCCCUUUCAAAGUCAGAGCGGGACACAUAGGACGUUUGGAGUUGAAGAUCCCUUGGAAGAACCUGUACACUCAGUCUGUGGAGGCCACGCUGGAUGAAGUUUUCCUGCUCAUCGUGCCCACUGCUAGUAUAAAGUAUUACGCAGAGAAGGAGGAGAGACAGCUGCAGGAAGCUCAGCAGAAGGAGCUGCAGCGGAUCGAGGAGACCAAGCAGAAAGCAGCAGAAAAAGAGAAUCCAAAGGCAGAGAAGCAGGACACAUUUGUGGAGAAACUGGUUACACAGGUGAUCAAAAACCUGCAGGUGAAGAUCUCCAACAUACACGUCCGCUAUGAGGAUGAUGUCACCAAUCCCGAUGCUCCGCUCUCCUUCGGAGUGUCCCUGCAGAACCUCAGCCUCCAGACAGCUGAUGAGAAUUGGAAGCCAUGUCUUCUGGAUGAGACAGCCAAGCUGUUUUUCAAGCUUGUACGUCUGGACAAUCUGUUUGCGUACUGGAAUGUGAAUUCAGAGCUCUACUCCAACCACAACCCCGAGGAGGCUCUGCGAUACUUGAAGCACAGUGUAGCCAUCCAGAGCGCUAUCCCUCAAGAUUAUCAUUUCAUCUUUCGUCCAAUAUCUGCAAACGCCAAGCUGCGCAUGAAUCCUCGCUCCGAUGUGGACUUCUCCUCACCAAAAGUGGAUCUAGUGGUCAACCUCCCGGAGGUGGCUGUUGAACUCAGCCAUCCACAGUACAUCAGCAUCCUGGAGCUGUUGGGGUCGGUGGAUAUGAUGACCCGUAACCUCCCAUACAGGAAAUAUCGUCCAGAUGUGGCAGUUCACACUAAUGCGCGUCAGUGGUGGCGAUAUGUGAUCACGGGCGUUUUGGAGGUCAGUGUAAAGCCCCGCCUUCACAUGUGGUCAUGGCAACGCAUCCGUCACCAUCGGCAACAUGUGAAAAAGUACAGAGAGCUCUAUAAGAACAAAAUCACCAGUAAGAAGCCUGCAGAGAGUCUGCUGAAGGAGCUUGAGGAGACUGAAAGAACCCUGGAUAUAUUCAACAUCACAAUGGCGAGACAGCAGGCUGAGAUGGAGGCCUCAAAGGCGGGGUUCAGGAUAUACCGUCCUGGGGUGAAGGUGGAGGAGGAACAGUCACAGGGCUGGUUCGGCUGGAUGUGGGGCUGGUCUGGAGAAAGUGACACACCAACCAAAGAUGUAAAAACGGGAGGUUUUGAUGAGCUAAUGACUCCAGCGGAGAAAGCCAAACUAUACGCUGCCAUUGGAUACAGCGAGACAGGCGUCAAUCCUAACCUGCCAAAAAAUUUUGAAAAUAUGAAGAUACACUUCCAGCUUAAUCGCCUUUGUCUGUCAAUCAAAGAGAGCCGAGAGAAGCCGGAGAUCAUCAAACUGUCCGUCAUUGAUCUGAAAGCCAUGCUGACUCAGAGACCUGCGGCCCAAGCUAUAAAGAUCUCUGCUCAGCUGUCAUCGUUUGAAGUGUCGGGUCUCCCACGAGGCAAGUCGACCCCCAUCCUGCUGUCUCCACGUCACGUGGUCGGGAUGAAAGAUUUGGCUUUACUGGACCUCAUGUUUGAGACGAACCCACUGGAUGCGAAAGCAGACCAGAGACUCCGCAUCGAGUCCCAGGCGCUGGAGAUCAUCUAUGACGCUAUGACCGUGAACAGUAUGUCAGCUUUCUUCAUGCCUCCAAAGGACCUGCAGCUGGAUGAACUGACCAACGCCACCCUCAUGAAGCUGGAGCAGUUCAGAGACAAGACCUCCACAGGACUUAUGUAUGUCAUUGAGACUCAGAAGGUUCUGGAUCUGAAGAUAAACCUCAUGGCUUCAUAUAUCAUUGUACCAGAAAACGGCUUUUAUGACCCCAAACACAACCUUGCCAUUCUGGAUUUGGGUCAUUUCCAGAUGUCCAGUCAGAGCAGAGCUGACCUGCCUCAGCUGUCCGUGGGCAGCAGCACUAUAGAGGACAUCAUGUCUCGAGCUUACGACAGCUUCGAUGUCCAGCUCAGCAGUUUACAGUUCCUCUACACUAAAGCAGGUGGUGACUGGAAGCAGGCUCGUCUGCUCAGACAGUCUGCGUUUCACAUCCUGGAGCCUGUGGACCUGAAGGUGGUCUUCAGCAGAGCCAUGGUGGUGACAGACUCACGGAUGCCCAAGUUUAAGAUUUACGGUGAGCUCCCUCUUCUGUCUCUGCGUAUCUCUGAUGAUAAAGUGCGUGGCGUCCUGGCGUUGCUCAGCAGCAUUCCCCUUCCUGAGAGUCGCCCGGUGCCCCAGACUAGAGCGCCACAAGUCACACCCAAGACCUCCAAAAGUUGGAACACACCUCAGCUCAUCCCUCGAAGACCAGCCGUAGACGACCUGCGUGCAUCCAUAAUAUACGGCCCAGACGAGGAGCUGUUCUUUGAUGCCCCUAGUUCACCGAUCGAGGAUCUGCCGUUCUUUGAGGCUUCCACUGACUCUCUGCAGGGUUCAGCCUCUGAUAAACGUCUGUCCAUGGUGCUCAGAGACCCCAAGAAGAACAUGACCGAGCUCCUCUUGAGAUUUGAGAUCAACAAGCUUUCUAUUCAGCUGUGCCGCUUGUCAGACAGCGAGGAGGUGAGCGUUCUGCAUCUGUUCAUUAAUGGAUUAGGGACAGAACUCAAACUUCGUACCUUUGACAUGUCUUCGUACACCUUCCUGCGUGAGAUCUGCCUCGAGUGUUCAGAGUACUUGGAUUCUGAGGACAAGAAAGUUCACCUUAUCACCACUCUGGACAAUUCUGAGGAAGAUCUGCUCACUUUGGAAUAUGUCAAGGCAGACAAAAAUGCACCGGAUUUCAAAACGAUGCAUAAAAAUACAGAGCAACUAAUCAAGGUGAAUUUCUCCUCACUAGACGUUCAUCUGCACACUGAGGCGCUCCUCAACUCCAUAAAUUUCCUCAAUAACCUCCUCCCACCACUGAAGAAAGAGGCACAAGAGGAGCAGCCCGUCCUACCCAAGGAGGAAGAGGAGGAAGAAGAGGAGUCAAAAAUAGAGGAUUCUGCUGUUACCAAGAAAUCUUCCUGUAAGAAUUCAAAGUUUGAGGAUGUGGUGAAUUUGCAUAUCCGAGCAGACCUCAGCUGUCUGAAGGUCUUCAUAAGAGGAGAUAAAGCCAGGAUCUCUGAGAUCAGCAUCGAGGGGCUGGUUUCUGAAGUACAGAUGAAGAAGAAGUGCGUAGAGAUUCUCGCUAACCUGAAGAACAUUGUAAUUCUGGAUUGUGACAAAGAGGCACUAUAUAAAAAGGCAGUGUCCAUCGCGGAUAAGGAGGUGUUUGACAUGCAUAUUGUGGACACCAGUGUAACUUUGACUGUGGGCUGCAUUCAGGUUAUUUUCCUCAACAAGUUUAUGUCCUCAAUAAUGGCAUUUAUUAAUAAUUUCCAGGAGACAGCAGAGAAAGCAGCCAUUGGGGUUUUGGAGCUGGCAGAGAGAAUCCCACAUAUCUCCCUGGACGUAGACAUUAAAGCUCCUGUUGUCUUCCUCCCACAAUCCUCUGUUUCCCACAAUGUCAUUGUGGCAGAUCUGGGUUUAGUGACCAUAAAGCAACACUUUGAAAUUGUCUCCUCUCCACUACACACCAAGAUCCCCCCGGUCGUGGACAUCAUGGCCGUGGGACUGAGGGAUCUUAAAAUGUACAGGACCACAUUCACUGAUGGACAGUUUAAGAGUGAACUUCAGUUACUCAAACCAGUCAACAUGGACCUGUCAAUCAAACGCAAUCUCUCUGCAUCCUGGUAUCACAGCAUACCUGACAUCCAGAUCAAUGCACACCUCAAACCCAUGAGCCUAAUCCUGAGUCAGGAGGACCUUACAAUAGUGCUGAAGACUCUGAGUGAGAAUCUGUCUGAGAAUUCUGAUGCUCCUCCAGCUCCAUACAGCUCUGAUAAAGGAGACACAGUUUCUACCAAGGAUUCUCAGAGUUCUGGAGGAAACACAGUUGUGACCGCAGCAGUGGUGGAAGGCCAGAAAACAGGCAAACUAAAGAACACUCUGAAACUGGACUUUAAGUUUGACUCCAUGACAAUAGUCCUGUACAGCCCUAACAAUGAGAUCCAGUUAUCAGACUCCCGUGAUGAGAGUUUGAUGUUGGCAGAGUUCAUGUUGGGCACCAUCUCCACCGCUGUGCACAUGUUCUCUGACAGCUCCAUGAAAGCCUCGCUCAAACUCACAAACUGUCUGCUGGAUGAUAAGAGACAGAGGGUGAAAAUGAUCACAUCCAGGAUGAUGGCGAUGCGUCAGGGCAGAGAAGGUGAUGUGAUGGUGGACGUGAGUUAUAGACAAGGACGGGACGGCACCGUGCUGGACACCCUGGUUCAGGACCUCUAUCUGUGUGUCAGUAUGGAGUUCCUGCUCACAGUAGCUGAUGUCUUUCUUAAAGCUUUGGCAGAUGGCUUUUCUGGUCCCCCUAAAAACAAACAACUCGCCAGUUCCUCUAAAGACACAGCAGUUCCUGCUGCACCAGUGGUUGCCAAAACUGAGAUGAACAUUGUGGUAAAGAAUCCUGAGAUUGUUUUUGUGGCCGACCUCACACGCGCUGAAGCUCCGGCUCUUGUUAUGACGACGCAGUGUGAGCUGGUGAUGAAGAACGAGCCCAGCGGUCAGUCGAUGACUGCCACCAUUUCAGACCUGAAGGUGGUGGUGUGUCCGCUCCUGCGAGAGAAGCGGGAGCACAAUGUGACGACGGUGCUUCAACCCUGUCAGGUGUUCUUCCAGAGCAGCCAUUCUCCUUCCCAGCCACAGUCCAUCGAGCUGUCCAUCAGCUCCCUCACGCUCAAGGUGUCUCCCAUCAUCAUAAACACAGUUAUCACCAUUCAGUCAGCGCUGAGCCCUGCAGCUGAGACCCCUGAGGAACUGGAGAGUCCUGUGCCACAGGAUCUGUGGGAACGUCGCAACCUGCGAGACCUAAAGCUCUGGUUCCUGGAGGAGGAAGAAGAGAAUGUCACCCGGUCUGUCAUUCAACUCGUUCCUCAUGGAGAGUCUCUCAAAAUGAACAUCCACUCCAUCUGUCUGACGCUGGAGGCCGGGGUGGGCCAUCGCACUGUGCCCAUGCUGCUGGCCAAAGCCUCGUUCCAGGGAGACGUGAAAAACUGGAGUACUCUCAUUAACCUACACUGUCACCUGGACCUGGAGGUCAGAGGAUAUUUACAUACAUUGUACAUUGUAGCAAGGUUCAACACAGUCUUAAUAAAAAGGAAGAAGGCAGGGGUCGGCUGGUUGCUGGGACGCUCGUUUAUUUAACAAACAAAUCACGAUGAAUAAACGGCAAACUGUUGCUCAAACAUAGGCAAUGACUUCAAUAAAGCUUGU